AUGGCAAAGCACAAUCUGCGGCGCGCGCCGCUCGUGCUCGCAUGGAUGGCCUUGCAAGCCCGGGGCCUCGCGGAGCGGCGGCGCGUGCUGCAGGGCGGCGGCUGCGCAGCGGCCGCAUCGCUCUGGCCCGGCGGCGCCGCCGCCGCCGCGCCGCUGCCGACCUGGGACCUGGGCAACGGCGUCGCGAUGCCGACGCUGGCCCUGAACACCGUCGGGCUCACCGUCGAGUCGACGGAGCGCGCGGUGCUCGCGGCGCUCGACGCCGGCGUCUCGCACGUCGACUUCCACCCGGGCGUCGAGCGCGACGGCGUCGCGCGCGCGCUCCGGCGGGCGCCGCGGGGCUCGCUCUUCCUCACGACGAAGGUGCAGUCGCAGCAGGGGAACCCGGGCGUCAGUCCCGCGGCGGCCGCGGACCUGUGCCGCCGGCAGAUCGACGCCGACCGGCGCGCGCUCGGCGUCGACGCAUUGGACAUGUGGCUCGUCCGCGAUUCUCCGAACUGCGACGUCGUGCGGAGCCAGUGGGCCGUGCUCGAGGACGCGCGGCGGCGGGGGGCCGUGCGGGCCAUCGGCACGGUCAACUUCUGCGAAGCGCAGCUCGACUGCCUCCUCGCGACGGCGGACGUCGCGCCCGCGGUCAACUACUACAUGCUGCACGUGGGCAUGGGCGCCGACGCGCACGGGCUCCGGUCCCACGGCGAGGCGCGCGGCGUCCGGACCUUCGCCUACGGCGCGCUGGGGGAACCGGGGCCGAGCGCCGACCUCCUCGCGGACGGCCCCCUCGCGCGCGUCGGUGCCAAGUACGGCAAAUCGCCCGAGGAGGUCGCGGUGCGCUGGCUCACGCAGAUCGGCGUCGCCGUGUCCGCGCGGCCGACGACGCGCUUCGGCCUCGGCGUCAGCGCCUGCGACGGCGACGGCUCCUGCGCGGCCGGGCUCCGCAAGCGCGCGGCGACCUUCGACUGGACCCUGUCCAAGGCCGACGUCGCGGCGCUCUCGAAGCUCGCGGCGCCGGACUCGCCGACGCCCGCGCUCUUCUCCAAGGCCUGCAACCCGGACCUGGGCACGGGCAGCGCCAGGGACCCGCUCCGCGUGCUCUAA